GGGAGGCAGGCUGUGGUUCUCAACCAGAUCCACAGGCAGACAUCUGGGAGACAGAGACAGAGAAGAAGAGAGACGGAGUCCUAGCCGCACGGAUCUUCGUGAGCCGAGAUGUAUCGGUCGACGAAGGGAGCCUCCAAGGCACGGCGAGACCAAAUCAAUGCGGAAAUCAGGAAUCUUAAGGACCUGUUGCCCAUCGCUGAAGGGGAUAAACUCCGGCUGUCAUACCUGCACAUCAUGUCUUUGGCGUGUAUCUACACUCGAAAAUCCAUCUUCUUCUCCAAAGGUACAACUUCAGAAGGCUUGGAGGAGUUGCUUUCUCCCCAAGACUUGGAGGAUUUCAUGCAGUCGCUUCCGGGCUUUCUUCUGGCAUUCACUGGAGAGGGCAAACUCAUCUAUGUGUCAGAAAAUGUUGCUGAGCAUCUGGGGCACUCUGUGGUGGACUUGGUUGCCCAAGGGGACAGCAUCUAUGACAUUAUUGAUCCAGCAGAUCAUUUUGUGAUGAGGAACCAGCUGGCCUUGCCCUCUCCAGUAGAUACCAGUCGACUCUUCCGUUGCCACUUUAACACUUCCAAGACUAUCCGGCGGCAAAGUGCGGGAAACAAGCUAGUUCUUAUCCGGGGGAGGUUCCACCAACCAGAAGCCGGGUCUUACUGGUCUACUAACCCUGUCUUCACUGCCUUUUGCACUCCUUUGGACCCCAAGCCCAGAAUGAGUCAGAAUUCACUCUUCCUGUCCUCGUUUGAGAGUCGCCACACAAAAGAUUUGGCCAUUGUGGACAUAUCUGAGAGUGUGAUUUUCCACUUGGGCUUUGAGAAAAGCGAGCUUUUGUGCAAGUCGUGGUACAGCCUGGUCCACCCAGAAGAUCUUACUCAUGCUUCAGCCCAGCAUUACCGACUGUUGGGUGACACAAGUGAAACCCAAGCUGAAAUGGUGCUCCGGCUUCAAACUAAAGAUGGGCUGAACUGGAUAUGGAUCUACUCGCUGCUCCGCUUGGAGAAUACGGAAGUCCCCAUCACUUGCCACAGCUAUAUCAUCAGUGAUUCUGAAGCCUGGUGCCUCAAGCAACAGCUGACCACAGAAGAAACCCAAGUGGCUUAUGUCCUUGGAAGCACCCCACCUUUCCUGGAAGGCCUUCUGUCUCCAGGGCAGCUCUCCAGCCCUGACCAAGUCUUCACACCCAUGGCCAGCACCCCAACCAGUAGUGUCGCUGUACCGUCAUUUGACUUUAGUGCUGUGGGUGGCACAGACUGCCCAUCAGGAUUCACAGAGACAACCUCUGCUGGACUGCCUCAAGAGAUGGUGGAGCCCGGAAAUAUCUCCUCCAUGGAGGAGGCCCCCGGCUCCACGCUCAGCCUUCUUGGUAAAGGCCCGGCGUUCAGCUAUGUGAUUGUACCAACAGGCUAUGAGCAGAGUGUAAGGAGGGACAACCCUGGAAGCUCCUCCAAAGACUUUGUCUGCACCCCGCCCUAUACACCCCACCAAGGCUCUGCCUUCCUCUUUGCAACCCAGGAGUCUUACACCCCAAGCUCCGCCCCAGCAGCUUUGCCUCCGGUGACUGCUCCCGCUCCAUCUGCUGCCGCUGCCGCCACAACCACUGCUGUCACCACCACCUCCUCUGAGCUGUUCUACACCCAGGAACAAUGCAGUGCUCUCUAUGAGAAGUUACCGCCUACCCCGGACAGCCCUGGUAAUGGGGACUGUACCGUCAUGACCCUGCCCGAGAUCAGAGGUCCCCUCUAUAUCGACGUGCCCAUGGUGCCUGAGGGGAUCCUGACUCCGGAGGCCUCACCCAUCAAACAGACUUUCUUCAGAUAUUCUGAAAAAGAGAAGAAUGAGAUCAAACUACUGGCCCAGCAGAUCAGCAGCCUGGCCGAAGCUUUCAGCUCCAUCCCUUCAAGACAGCUGGCCAAGAACAGCCAGAUCGCUGUUGAUUUCUCUGAGCCAGCUGCCACCCCUGAAGCAUGCCUGGACUUCCAGCUUUCAAAGAAUUGGAGGAGCGUUGACUUCUCCUUGUUGACCUGCCCAGAGGAAGAUCUCCUGGAAGAGGAUGCUCUCGAGACCCUUCUCCAAGACCUGUCCACCUCUCUGUUCGAGAAAGGUGGCACAGGUAUGAGGUGCCCUCACCACCAGUUCUGCGGUGGGAAUGUCAGUAGUCCAAUGAGCUUGGACAAUGAAGACAGUAGCCAAGGAGCCUUGGCUCCCUCGCCCAGCAUGGACCUGCCUCCAGAAGAGCGAUGCUUUUUGGAAGAACUGGCCUCCUAUGAAACAGCCUUUGAGACACGUGCCUCAAACUCUCCCUGUGAUGGGUUAGAUGAGUUGUAUCAACUCCAGAGCCACAUGCAAGAAGGCUUCCAUGAAGAUGGAAGCAAAAGUGACCCUUCGUUUUGAAAUAAGUCCGUGACUUACUUCUCCGAGUAUGGCAUAUUGUCAUAACUUAAGGAUUUUCUUCUGCCGAACCCCCUGGAAAGGACUCUAAUGACAAACCAAGAGGAUGUCCACCCAACGUCCUGGGAUGGGGGGUUUUGGGGGAAGGACUUUUUUGUUGUUGUUUUUUUUAAAAUAACAAAAACAAAAAAAUAUUAUUAUCUUGAUUCUGAGACAUCGAAGCUGAUCAGAGCUAAGGAAAGGACCAUUGUAAGGGGACUUACACAUGUUAUUGUAUUCACUCGUAGUGAGUAACCUUGUAUGUAAUUUACUAAGAAAUCUGAGGCAGGGCCUGGCACCUUGGCUGCUUCCACGGGCAUUCAACACACAGUUGGAGCAUAGCACCCGUGCAGCCAUUUUGCACAUGACUUGGGAAUGAGUCAUCUUCUCCCAAUCCGUCCCCCCCGCCCAGACAACAGAAUGUGUAGGUGGUACUAGAACCUACGACAGUAAGGGCCAAUGGCUGGCAAUGUGCUACUUUCUUUCUUUCCUUUCUUGCUGCUAUCCUCUGCUUUUCCACUGCACUUCUGUUCCCAAAGAAAUCUGAAGAAUUCAAGCUUUAACUCACCCAGUUCUCAUGGGGUGGUUCUUAUUAUUAGUCUCCUUUUGGUGACCUUUCCCCCUUUUUAUUUCUCAGAACUACUCUGGGAGAUGAACCUAUUUCUAGUUCCAUGACCAUCUGUGUUCACAGCCAUCAUAUCCAUUUUUUUUUUCUGGGCUGAGAUGAAUGUCAGACCUGGCAGAGAGAUUGCC